UCUUAGUAAAUUUUUAAGAAUCAGUGAUGGUUUUGACUAUAAUGCUGCUAUAAGAGAUGUAAACCUCCUAUAUUUUUAUAAAUCUAAAACAAUAAGAAUUAUCGAUACUCUAUAAGAAAAAAUACGUUCAUAUUAUCAACCCUAUUCUGGUAGCACUGAUAGAACGCUGACGUCAGUGAUUUUAGUAUUUUUCAUCGGCGAAUGGCGAUACUUUUCUAAAAUUUAUACAAUAACAAAACCCCGUGAAACAGACGAGACGUGCUAAUAAUGGCUUCAGCACCAGAUACGAAGACCCCAGAAGUGGAGAGUUCCGGUAGUUUGAGUAUCGUAAACGAUAUCAUAUUUAGUCCUAUAAACUUGUUACUGACUUUGAUUAUCGGUGUGUUGGUGUAUAAAAUAUUCAAGAAGUUCACAAAGGCGCCGGUUGAUGCGCCGGUGUUACAAUUGCCGAAGAUCCGCAAAGACAUGACUGUCGCAGAACUCCGACAGUACGAUGGCACGCAGCCGGACGGAAGAGUGUUGCUUGCGGUCAACUCGUGGAUAUUCGAUGUAACACGGGGACGCCGCUUUUACGGGCCCGGGGGUCCAUAUGCAGCAUUUGGUGGCAAAGAUGCAUCAAGAGGACUAGCAACAUUCUCACUUAAAUCAUCAGAUAAAGAAUAUGACGACCUCAGUGACCUGAAUCUAAUGGAAAUGGAGUCAGUGAAAGAGUGGGAGGCCCAGUUCAGAGAGCAAUACGACCUGGUAGGUCGACUGUUGCGACCCGGCGAGGAGCCCAGGAAUUACUCCGACGAGGAACCAGAAGAGGCGGACACCUCCACCAGCGGACAGACAGAGGACAAGAAGGACCAAUAGACACUGGACACGCUGCCACGUACAUGUUAGUUUUUAUACUAAGCCCUGACGGUAAGCGAGAGGACAGGAUGACAGUUUCGUAUGUAUACAAAAUUAGUUUGAAUCUUAUGGUGAUGAUCUUAGCAUUUAUAUUUCAUUGAUUCUAUUGAAAUGUUUAUACAGUGUUAAAAAAAUAUAAUCUAAGGUUAUUAAAAUAAGAUUUAAAGCGAUUUGCGUAAAGAUGCUAUGCUGCAUCCUCACAUUCUGUACUCUCGUUAAGCGUUAGUUUUAAUGAAUUUUGAUUGUGGCCGUGGUGGGAUACGCUAGCCUUACGUGGGAAUCCGUCUCGUAGUAUUUGAUAUAGCUAAUUUUUGUUAUUACAAAAAAUAUCAAAUUUAACGUCUGUAUAUACGGUCUGCAACAGCAAACCGAUUGUUAGCGAAUUGUAAUUCGAAUGAAAUGUUGAGAUAUUAGUGAAGCAGAGCUUGAUCUGUAAUCGAUUUUAAUAUAUCUAAAUGCAGAAAACUUAAUCCAAACAAUCACUAUUGCUUUUGAGGUAAUUGAUUUCUAACAAAGGCAGAGCAUGACAAGAUUAUACGUUUACAACUUGUAUUACCCGACCCUAGACGCCGUUAAUAAACCAAUUAGGGUAAUAAAAAGGCGUCAAAGUGAACGUCAGGGCCACAACAUAGGCUUAUGAACAUAAUUACAGACAAUUUUAUUCAACACAGUGUUCAUGGCAUUCCACAAUAUAGCUAGUGUAUGGAAAUUAAUCGAAUCAAUAGUUUAAUCCAAGGCUGUUCCAUAUCAAUAUCUUUUCGCAUACGAUUUUUGCCAUAAUUUUUUUUAUAGUGUAUUUAUUGGUAUAUGUUUUAUCAAAUGUCUCAAGGUGUUGCGUUGUUUAUAAUUUGAAGUUUAUCGAUACUUUAAAAUUUUGAUGGUGAUCCUUACCAAUAAGACCGUGCAGCGCAUGUUGUCAUUAGUUGGUACGAAAAAUGCAUUGUUUGUUGGUUUAGGGAAUGUAUAGUCGGCAAACAACUUUUGUACGCUACAGCGUGGUAAGGAUUUUUUAUACGUUACCUUGUAGCUACACUAACGUCCAAAACACACUAUCGCGCGGCGGGGAUUUUAUUUUUGUUUUCGUAUAGCUACACUGACAUACUAAACUCACUUUACUGUGUGGUGGGGGAUUUUUGUACGUUACCACAUAGCUACAAGAUUCCCCACCGUGCGAAAGUGUUUUCAUAUUUCAAUUUGUUUUCCUGCUAUUAUACAGUAGUUUAUAUUGUAUGGGAGUUUAUUCCUCUCUUUGGAGAUAAAACGGCACCGUGCGGCGUGCACGUUUCUGUUUAUUUGUCAGGAUGUAUCCUUAUAGGAAAUUAAUAAGGAAGUUAAUUAAUAGGAAUUUUUAAUAUGAAUGUUCAGGAGGAUAAUGCUUUAUGGCAAAAAACGUAUGUGUACACCUUAAAUUCAUCACUUAUUGUACUGCAUCGCUCCAGUACAGCAGAGCAAAAUAUUUCGGUUUUAAAAAAUACUAAGUAAAUUCUUAAGGAGAUACCCAGGGUAUAAGGAAAACACUCACGAGAACUAAAUUAAUAUAGUUGAACGUAAACAUUAACGCGAAACAAUAUUAAUUUGCUAAGUUAAGCGGUAAUGCCUAUGACACAGUAUUUUCAUAUUUCUUGUGCGUGAUAUGUAAAGUAUACAAAAUUCGGGGAUAACGCACAAAAUGCGUUAUGCCUUAUACCUACUGAACCUUGUCUUAACAAAGUUGUAGGUAAAAAAUAAUUUAACUAAAUUCUCCGUGACAGUUAUUUACCGCAACACAAACUUAAAAAUGAUCAACAUUUACAGUUAAACAUUAUAUAAAUCCAAAACAUAAUGAAGAUCCAUCGCGCGCACAUAAACGACAAAAAUAUUGUUUUUGAUCAAAUCUAAAUUUACGUUACGACAUAAAGUUGUUAUACCAAUGACAAGUUUCUUGCUGUACCGGGGCCGAGCAGUAUCAAUAAGCGGUGAUUAUAAUCAAACCACGCGGCCGUUCUGGCUUGUCAAGAAUAUUAUGUUGGCUAUAUUAGCACUGCAGUCUGUUUUAAAUCCAGAAGAACAAAGGGAAAUGGGUUUUACAGGAGUAAACGUCAUAUCAGCAUGUCUAUUGGUUUGUAAACCAUGAAAAAGUCAUGAAUAGCCACUCCAUCAAUAUUGUUUGUAGCCAGAUUGUUGUAAAAAAUUGAAGAAAGUUAAAACAAAUACAUGCUUAAUUUAGUCUACGGGAUUAAAUAAAAGCUACAGUGGGUGGCGUCAAAAUUAUGCUACAGAAUGGCAAUUUAUGAUAUGAUUCGUUUUUACUUACUUUUCAUACGUAAACGAGACGUAAGAAAAAACGAAUUAUAGACUAUAAAAUAUGUUUUUUGUUGGCAGGCAACACUGACGCAACAAUAGUGUGUUGUGUUGUUACUGAAGUUUUAAAGCAUUUUAAAUGAGUGCAGUAGCAGCAAUAAUCUAUUGGCGUAUAGUUUAUUGGGACUUGUUCUUAAUUUAGGGUCCUGUGUCAAUUUAUAAGUCUGCAUGAUAAAAAAGUUUGUGCAAUAAAGUCAAUAAUCUUUUUCCAGCAAACUUAAAUAUAUACUUUCGGUAUUUGAAUAUCGGUAAAGCAAAAUAAAGGAUAAGGUAAUGGAAUAUUGAAAUAAAAUUAUAUCCAUAAAUACAAAAAUUGUAUUUUCAUCAAUCAUCACAAAUCAUGUAAAUAACAAAUAUUAUAUUUUGAAGCCACACUAACAACUGUUAAAAUUAUUGAAAGUGAGUUUUCAGCGAAAUUUUAUUGUAUAUACGAGAAAUAUUGUAUCAAUGUCACUAUAAACUGUUGCUUAUUGCGGUAAUUUUGGAUAUAUUAUAUUAUAUAGUAUAUGUACAGUUUGAUGAAAUGUAAGACUGAGUGAUGGCAUAUUAAGUUAUCGAGGGGUGUAACCACUGCACAUUCCUGGGCGGAUGUUAUUUGUGGCAAUUUGGUCCUUCUAGCCGGAUAUGAGGCACCAUGAGAGGUACUACUGAAUGUAUAUUAACAUUACACUGUUUAUUUAUUGUACCCUGAUUGCAUUUUCACGUUGGACCAGUUGAUUCAUAUUUUAUUUUGUGUUAAGCUGUUCAUAUGUGGUCAAGUGUGUUAGUAAUAUGAACACAUUUUAUUUAAACUACAAUGGUUGUCGAGAUGUCUGUUGGCACUGAUACCACUAUAAUGCACUAUACAAUAUACAUAGUGGCCAUAUUACUAAGUUAACAUAAUGCACAGAUUUUGACAAAACUCAAUUGACCGUGUAUAACAGCUUUGAGUCGUGUUUCCUAGCCAUUCGUUCUGUACCUCGGUUUAACACGUCUCAUUAAUAUGGAUGUUUCAUAUUGAAUACUCGGGGUUGCUAGUUAGUAACGCAACGGUCGCCGUCGCCGUCGCAUUCCAGCCCCACCAGAAUGUUGGUACUUAUUAAAUAUGUAAUAUGUGUUGCAAGUUGAAAAAAUAUAAAAAAAAAUAUAUUGAUAAAGAUAUGAGCAUAAUAAUUAAGAAUCUAUAUGGAUAUGUGUUGGUUGGUAGUGUGUUUGUUUCCUUUUUAUUUAUUCGUGUGCGAUGUGAUGUCAAAAUUAUUUUCUGGUAAAUAUAUAUUUAUUUAAAAAUGCUAAAGUACAAAGUAGUGUCACAUCCCUCACAUAUUAGACUUAUUUAAAAGACUUCUGCAUUAAUUUUCUUAUGUACUUUCAUUCUAGUCUUUAGCACAGAUUGAUGCUUGCAGCCGAUACACUAUAUUUACUACACGAGUAAAUAUUUUAAUGUAUAAAAAAGUUUUUCCUUUUUUUUCAACAUCUUAUAUAAGUUGUUGCAGAAAGAUUUCAAAUAUUUACAUGUUAGAGGAGAGAAGAACAAUUUCAAUGUAUAUUGUUUUUAGGCUGUUAAGAAUCGAUUUUUUUUUUAUCAUAACAGUGUUUUUCUGGCCUAAAUCAGCUGGUAAAUGUCAAGAACUUGGUACAGUAGUCAAUAUUAUGUUUAUAAAUAGACAAUGAAAUGAGGUCCAAAUUGACCUUUAUUUAAUGUGAUUAAAAUUUUAAACUCGUCCCUCAAUCUUAUUUAUGGAUAUUAAAAAGAAAAAGAAAACAAAAUGGUCAGUUGAUAAGUGGAAAAUGAUUUAUUGUUUGUAUGAAAAUUAAAGUACUUAUUCCUAGUGUGGACAUCAGCGUCAAAGAGUUACGUAUCUAUAAUUUGGAUAAAUAUUAUUAUUAGUAUACGUUAUACAAUAUAAAAUAAACACGAAUGAGUGUAUUUAACAUGAUUUUUCGAUAAAUCAUUAAUUGUACGUACUAAAGCUAAAUAAAAUGUUUCUAUUAAGACUAUGAACGCCAUUUAAAUUGACUGAACACUAUCCAGGUGUUAGAGAGAUACAAGUAUAUCCAGAGAUACAAGUCUGAAAAAUAUACUUCCCUUUCAAUCUAAUCUUUUAACUAGCAGGUGGAAGUUCUGCGUAACAAUAAUAUUAUAGCAUAGUAUAAAGAUGAACAGUUAACAGCAAGCGUCAAGACAAUAAAGGCGCCAAGACUAUAGAAUAGAUUGAUCGGUUUUUGGAAUAAAUUGUGAGCAACACUCGCUUCUGUGAAUAUGAUGUUGGUCUUUGUCGUCGGCGACAUUUUAAUCUUUAUACUGUGUCUGUAUUACGUAUACUUUGGACACCUGAUCUAUAAUAUCGUUAUUUAUCUUCGUAAAACAAUAUAAGAUACGGAUCGAUGUAACGUUUUAUAAUGAACUGGAAAUAUAUUUUAUUUACUAUUUCCUAAAAUGAUUGUCAUAAGUACUUGUUAUUUUCUCUUAUAUUAGUUUUAUGUUUUUCAGCCGUCAUGCGCUUUGGUAAUCGUUAUGCCCUAAUAUAAGCAGUCGUUGGAAUAAUGUUGAAGUGUGUAAGAAACAUAAAAAUAUCUAUUUUACCAAAUUUUAUUGAGGCUUUGUACUGUUUUACCAAAGAGAUUUGAAUGACUGAAGCGCUGGGAUUGAUUAAACUUAUGCAGAACUGAAAUAUUUUAUAAGGAUUGUAAUACUUUCUCUAGGUAAACAGAACUUGCCAAUUAAUUAAAAAUUUUAAUCGUAUGAUUUUUUAUCGAUAAGGUACGUGGGUAGGUUAUCUAUCUGCCUCCAAGCAGUAUUGUGCAUAACCACGUUUGCACGGCCAUGUUUCGGUAUAAAAACUUUGAUGCCAUUAUAGGAUUUGAUUUGAUUUGAUAUUUACUGGGCAUCUUUAAUGUUUGGCAUACUAUAAUGUUGUAGAAAAAAGGUGUAGAGCAAUGCCAUGCAACUGGAAAUGGACUGUGUAAAAAUACUAUUAAAAAAAUCAAUUGUUGAAUUAUGUUAAUUAGAUUUAUACCUGAUACAUUAGCAAUCUAUUAUGUUUUAUAUGUAUCAAGUCAAAUUGUGGAACUUUGACAUUGUUCUAACAUUGCUGUAAGAACGACAUUGUUGAGUGUGUAUAACUAUAGUGAAACGAUAUGAAUAGAAUUCGCGACACGAAAAAUCGAUACUUAGAGUGCAAUUAUUAAAAAACUUGAACAACCGACAUGUAUAUUACAAAUACAUAUUUAAAACAUUGAAAAGUCGGAGUUUUAUGGUUUACUCGGUUAUCUGUAAAAUUAAUGUCAAUCUCUAAGGUUGGUUUCUUUCCAUACGCGUGGACUAUUCAGCCCUUUUUUUUGUCGGUAUCCGAUGUUGACUUGCAGUUUUGGUUAAAGCGUUAGUUGUUAUGUAUAUGGCGUUGGUUAUUUUAGAUUUUAGUAUAAUGUAUUUGUUUUAUGUCGUGUGUUAAAUUCAAACAAGUUCCAUACAGUUUUUUUCUUAUUAAGUUUCGAUACUUUUUGAUGGAAUUGUCAAUUAUGAAAUCGCUUCGAAGUUAUGCUGGUUAAUUUUCACACGAUUUUACUGAUAGGUAAUUUCCAGUAUGAAUAUUGUAAGGCGCUUUAUCAUCCCUGAUUAUUUAGCUCGACAAGCAACUGACUGAUCGAAAAUAAUAAUCAAAAACGUUUCGAUUUAACUACAAAAAUCGCCUAUCACGCGAUUUGAACUCGAAUGUAGUAUUUAUAUUGUAUUCAGAAAAUGUAACCAAUAUAGUUUUUAAUAUUUUAUUUUCAUUUAGUUAGCGUAAUUGCUUGCUGGCCAUUCGAAACAUUUCACUAGUGUUACAAUGCAGUCGCGAAAAUAGCGACGAUGCAAUCAUAAAUAUGUUUUGUGUUAGAAGUGACAUUAUAAAUAUAACUUCGCGUCUAACACGCCUUUUGAGAUGUUAAAUGCAAUUAAUUUAUAGAACUUUUAUUGAAUGUACCUACGCCGAGCUUUCCUUUGUCACUCAAAAAUUGUACCUGUAUUUUUCUUGCUUUAGUUGCGUGUCUUCAGAUUACCUAAGAAACGUGUUCUUAACUUCAAUAUAAAUACGAAAUACUUACUUUCCUAGAUAUAAUGGUGUAAAUGUGCGACACAACAAAAUGUUACUAAUAUUAAAAAUAACUAAAUGUUUAUUUUAACAUUGUCACAUGAAUUUAAUUAAAGUGUUUUACA